AUGGAUAAACUCACCGUGAUCUCAGGAUGCCUCUUCCUCGCUGCAGACAUCUUCGCCAUCGCAAGCAUCGCCAACCCAGACUGGAUCAACACCGGGAAAUCUGCGGGUUCCCUGACAGUAGGACUCUCCCGACAGUGCCAGACCAUUCAUGGGCGGGACAGGAUCUGCAUCCCCCCAGAGCUGCCUCCAGAGUGGAUCACCACACUCUUCUUCAUCAUGAUGGGCAUCAUCUCCCUCACUCUGACCUGUACCCUGCUGGUCAUGUCCCACUGGCACCCUGAGGCCACGCGCUACGCCCGCUGGAUAGCCUUCACAGGAAUGGUGCUCUUCUGUAUGGCAGCCCUAAUAUUCCCCAUCGGCUUCUACAUCAGUGAGGUGGGGGGCCAGCCGUACAAACUCCCCAACAACACAGGAGUGGGCUCCUCCUACGUCCUCUUCGUCCUCUCCAUAUUCUUCACCAUCGUUGGACUGCUGUUUGCUGGAAAAGUGUGCCUACCAGGAUGA